AUGCCUACACCAACCAGAGAUGGCAUGCCUACACCAACCAGAGAUGGCACACCUACACCAACCAGAGAUGGCAUACCUACACCAACCAGAGAUGGCAUACCUACACCAACCAGAGAUGGCAUGCCUACAUCAACCAGAGAUGGCAUGCCUACACCAACCAGAGAUGGCAUGCCUACACCAACCAGAGAUGGCAUACCUACACCAACCAGAGAUGGCAUACCUACACCAACCAGAGAUGGCACACCUACACCAACCAGCCUACACCAACCAGAGAUGGCAUGCCUACACCAACCAGAGAUGGCAUACCUACACCAACCAGCCUACACCAACCAGAGAUGGCACACCUACACCAACCAGAGAUGGCACACCUACACCAACCAGAGAUGGCAUACCUACACCAACCAGAGAUGGCACAUCUACACCAACCAGAGAUGGCACACCUACACCAACCAGAGAUGGCACAUCUACACCAACCAGAGAUGGCACACCUACACCAACCAGAGAUGGCACACCUACACCAACCAGAGAUGGCAUGCCUACACCAACCAGAGAUGGCAUACCUACACCAACCAGAGAUGGCACAUCUACACCAACCAGAGAUGGCACACCAACCAGAGAUGGCAUGCCUACACCAACCAGAGAUGGCACACCUACACCAACCAGAGAUGGCACACCUACACCAACCAGAGAUGGCACAUCUACACCAACCAGAGAUGGCACAUCUAA